GGGAAAAUAGCUCUAAGAAAGAGAGCAGUAUGAUAAAAUAGCAGAGAUCGCCUGUGGAACAUCAACAAUUACCUAACCUCUCUAACAACCAGUUGUUGUAUCUCAAAAUGACUUAUCAAUAUCAAUAUAAUAUGUUGGUUAACAAUUUUGACAAUGACUGUUCUCAGUUGUCCGGUUGAAAUAAACACAAAAUUUCCAGUGUUUGAGCCCAAUGCGAUACAUAGGAAAAACUUGAAAACCAUACAAAAUCACUGUUGAAUCAAUUUAAAAAAAUGAAAAAAGGCUCCAAAGCAGAAAGAAGUCGAAGUGCACGACAGUCACGGUCCCGACAGAAAACCGUUAUUCCUUCAAGAUCGAGAAGCUUUGAUCCACGGAGUCAUUCCCCAACAAAUGUUGAAAGACAACAAUCCUAUCAUAGGCCUAAAGAAUGUGUGGGUGGGCCCGAUAUCUACGGUACAAUAUUAGGACGUACCGUGGACGAGCAGAUUCUAGCGGGCUUACAAGCCCUGUUCAAUAUAUGCGGUGAAUGUCGACAAGAGGAAAUGGGAGAAGUGCCUCUAGAAGAUUCGAGUCCAAACGAACCUUUAGAACAGGGGGUGGAAUCUGCUGCGGAAGAUGUUGAUUAUGUUGUUAAUAAUAAUUAUGUUGAAGUUAAAUCAGAUAUUUCUCAUGAUAGUGAAGCAGCUCCUGAAUCGAGCAUGGAAGAUAUUGUGCCCUCUCCAAGCGCGCGAAGAGAGGAGUCUAAACUAAAAUCUACUACGCGAAGAGAGGAGUCUCAACUAAAAUCUACUGCUUCUGAUAGCAUAGUAACUGUACUAAGCAAUAAGACGCAAACCGAAGAAGAAAUAAAAUCAGAAGUUAUUUCAGAAGAGUCACAAACCAGCAGCGAGCAUUCUUGCCAAUGUAAACCAUCGACACACGAUUGCGAAUGUGGAACUACAAGAAUUUGUUAUUCGCCUGAUGAUCUCUGCGGACCGCAUGAUACCUUAAGUCAGUCUGAUAGCCAGGAAUCGAAUGAUCAGGUGGAAGCCUCCUCGUUGCAUUAUGAGCCGUCACAUAAUGGCUCUCAACAUCAGAGGUUUUCACACCAGGGAUCUCAUCAUAAGCCAUCAAAUUCUUCUCAUCAUAGUCAUCAUGGAUCAAUAAAACGCGAACCAUCUCAUCAGUCAUCCUUGAAACGUUCUUCGAACCAUCAUGUUGAAAAAUCUCAAUCACCGCAUCAUCAUAAUUUAAAAAAUGGCCCUGAAACUCACUCUAGUAGUUCUUUAAAGAAAGUUACUCUAAGUUUUGAUAAACACGCUGGAAGUGGUCAUGAAUUUGAAGCGCCAGAAACUCAAGAGUCUUAUCCAGGCAAGAAAAGCAAUAAACAUGAGAAUACAUGCUAUUGCAGAUCAAUCACAGCAAAAAGUGAUAUAAGCACUUCCACCGAUGCUUCAAAACAAUCCAGUAAAAGUACAAGUAGUAAUGACAUUGAUACAAGAGUAUGUUCAACUUCGUAUACUUGUAUUUCCAGAGACAACAUUAGAAAAGAUGGCUCUUGUCAGCCUGAUAGUUGUCCCAAGGAAGCAGCGUCAACGUCAACGUCUUCCUUGAGCCUAAACAAACCUAAAUCUGCUAUAAAGCAAACUGAUUGUUGUAGUAGAUGUCAAAAAAAGAAACCAACGCCUAAAAAAGUGGCUUUAUGUGAAUGUGAUACUUCCGCUAGUUUAGAUCAAUCACAGUCAGGCGAUGGUUCUCAUGGUGAAGUCAGAUAUGCGAUAACUAAAAUAACUAAAUUUACUAGCUAUACGACUUAUGAAGUGUUGAAGUCUACUGGGAAGAAGCCUAAAGUGAUGCCUACGAGAGUGGAGGGAGUGUUUGUGUUAAAAAAUAGGAGUUUUAAAUAAAUAAUAUAGUUUUGUUUUUGUUUAGUUUUUAUUAUAUAUCUUCUACUCCUUAGAUUCAGUGGCAAGAAGGGCCCUUUCUUUUUUUUUUUGAUAGGAAAGAUAUACCCGGACUUACCGACUAAAAACCUCCAGCAUCUGCCUCCGGAACUGACGUUGUUG